AUCAGCAAUUUUAUUAUUGGGGUGAAGUGUGAUAGCAAUUGAAACUAUUUAACGAUAUUCAUAUGUAAAAACAAGGACAAAAUACUAGGACGGAGGACCGGAGCUCGCGCUUGUGUGCCGUACGGAAGAACAUCGACGGGCGGGGAAGUUUUAUCGAUUCCGAUUCGUCUCGCAUCGGGCAAUAAUUAAGGUGGACGAGAGAUGAAGACAGUUGCAACUUUACUGGCUACUGUUUUGGUUGUUGCGGUUCAGUAUCUUCCGGGGCUUGCGCUCCCAUCCACGGUUCCUUCUUUCCUGUGGUCGCCCCAUCAAGAUGGAUUUCCAACAAGUGAAACUGUAAAUUACAGAACCCUCACUCCGAAAGAGUUAGCAAAGUCUGUUAUGUCUGAAGGUGGUUGGUCAAACUUGCUGUGUUCAGAUAAUGGAGCUCAGCAACGUCUAGAUAUUGGGCUUAUUUUUGUCGGGAAAGAGUUACACUCUCAUGAUCUUUCUAGACCUAGAAAAGCGGAUUCUUCCCUUGUUGACUUGCUCAAGGGCUCUUUUGUUAGCUCCAACUUCUCUUUAGCCUUUCCUUAUAUUGCGGCAUCGGAGGAGGGCCAUUCAGUGGAAAACUCACUUGUUUCAGAGUUCACUGACACAUGUGGGCAUGAUUUAGAAACCAGUAAAGUAGCUUUCUUGGAGUCAUGCUCUGUAGGGGGUGGAAAUUUUGAGAAGCUUCCAGACAUCCUCUCAGUUCAGAACUAUUUGGUUUCAAGGAUGGAGAAGAGAUCCAAGGGACACUCAGAUCUAAUUGUUCUCUGCCACAGUGGUUCCGAAGGAUCAGAGGAACAAGCUUCUGAGGGCCAAGUUUUAACUGAUUUAAUUAGUCACAUGGAGCAUUUGGGAGCAAAAUACACUGUCCUCUAUGUGUCAGAUCCGCUGAGGUCAAUUCAGUACCCAUCUCAUAGGGCGCUAGAAAGAUUUCUCGCUGAAGGUGGCGUUAACAGUGGGUCAGGAAAUCAAACCUGUGAUGAAGUAUGCAAACUUAAGGCGACAUUUUUGGAGAGUAUACUUGUGGCAAUCACUUUGCUUAUAAUUUUGAUUUCUGGGCUGUGCUGCAUGAUGGGAAUUGAUACUCCAACGAGGUUUGAGGCCCCUGCAGAGUCUUAAUCACUUGGAUAUGCAAGACGAGGUUCUACUUUCAGGAGCUCAAGCAGAAGUCGUGUAAUUUAGCUUUUAAUGUCCUUUAUAACACUCGGUAAUAUUUGUUCAUUCGUCGUAGGAUGCGUGCAUGACAGUCCUCAAUCUUCUUGGUCUCUUGUUAAAGAAAGAGUACUCUGCAUGUAUUGGAUCUGCGUCCCUUUUUGCUUGAAAAGAGAGAAUAAAACUGCAUGCUUGUGUUUAUUGAACUGUCAAGCUUUUGCAGUGUCAAUAUUCAUUAUGUAUAACACUAUAAUAUAUUGACAGCAUUUUGUUCAUUUUAA